CAGUCUUCAAUUCAUCUUCACAUCAUGAUCGGGACGCAUUCUCCCCUCGAACAUCCCGCCAAGUCCAGCCCACCGUCGCUGAUGGUUUCCCCCACCCGCCUGCUCAAGCGCCUCGUCCGCCAGACGUGCCGAUAUGGCUGGAAAUGGCUGAUGGUGUCCUUGGCGCUGAUCCUGCUAUCAGCAUCGCUGUGGUUGUAUUUCUUGCUGGCAUAUUGGCUGGCCGAGGACCCGCGUCUGGUUCCGGAGACUAUCCAGCGGGCGCGCAAUGUCCUCCUCGUGACUGCCCAUCCGGAUGAUGAGACCUUGUUCUUCAGCCCAACCAUCCUCCACGGCCACGACAACCCGGAUGUAACCCGGGCUUUGUUGGUACUAUCGACAGGCGAUUACAAUGGCCUAGGCGAGACCCGCAAAGGGGAAAUCGAGCGCAGUUGUGCCGCGCUGGGCAUUCUACCCGCCCGUUGUGUUGUGCUGGAGCAUGGCGCGUUGCAGGAUAAUCCCAAGAAGUGGUGGCGUGAGGAUGUGAUUCAGGAUAUUGUGGCGCAUUACGUCCAUAUGUGGAAAGUUGAUCUGAUCUUUACCUUUGACUAUGGUGGAGUAUCUGGUCACGUCAAUCAUCGCGCUGUUAGCGCCGGUGUUCUGCAAUACGCGGAAAGCUUCCCCCACACCCCACCGGUCUACACAUUACAGAGUACCUUUUUACUGCGCAAAUACUCAUCGCUGAUCGACUUGGUACUCACCUCGGUGCCAUUCUCCUGGCGGAUCGUCAAAGCGGUCUUCACAUCGCCAGGAAAACAGCUGGUAGGAGGACAGGAUCCCUACGGAGACAAAGCACUGCUGGUCAGCCCGUGGAGGACAUAUCUGGUGGCCAGAAACGCAUUCAGCCAACACACCAGUCAAUAUUCAUGGGACCGAGUAUUGUACUUGGUGGUGAGUCGAUACAUGUGGUUCAACAAUUUGUAUCGCAUAGCUUAGUCCAAGCAUCUUACUGUUACAAGCAUAGCAGAUUCAAGCAUUCAUUUCUCAUAACUAUCCCAUGUAUCAUACCUGCAU